GUUAUUUUUAUCGCGUUCGUUCGACGAGGAGACUCGAGUCUCAAGAAAAAUUUUCCAAUCUUUGUCUAAUUAAGGAUUCGAUUUUCGUUUUUUCCAGCGAAAUUCGAGGCUCCACUUUGGAAUUACUGGAUAAAUAAUUAUGACAAUCGGUUGUAAAAUUAUAAGAAGGCAACAGCGAUUGAAAAUUCCUCGACCCUUGUAAUUUUUUCUCAUCGGAUUUCGACAAAACAAUCGAUCGAAAAUUUUCUCCUUCAAAUUAAUUUCUUCUCGACUCGAUUCGAGUAAAACAAUUACUGUUGCCCACGAUGCAUGCGUACGUAUUAAAGAGAAGAGAAAGGAAGCUCACCCCUCUCCUCUUCUCAUUCGCCCGAAAAAGUGGACUGAAUUUGACCCAUCAGGUUCGAUCCCGGGGCUGAUUGAAUCCAUAUUUGGAUCGAUUCGAGCGUAACUUCAACUGCGGGAAGAACUGUCGAUAUACCGGGUGACCCUUCCAACUCGAUUAUCAAAUUUAUCCGUCAAAUACUUUAUGCCACGUUUAUAUCGCUCAUUCCUCAUUCCUUUUUUACCGACGGAAUUGGAAUUCGUUGGAAUAAAAUUUUCACGAAUUUUUCAAUCCUCCCUCUCGAAGCGAGGGAAAUUUAAAAAAGUAUUCCCACAUAACUUUUCAAGAAACGGAAAGAGACGAACGAUAUGAUAUUUCGUGUUUCAAUUUUAUUGCAACGUUUUCCUCGAGGAAUAAAUGUUUUUCGUACAUCGAUACAUCGUUCCAAAUCGAUCAUUAGCGCUCAGUUUAUCGAUCUCGAAAAACUUUGGAGCCUUAUAAAAUUAGCGUAUCGAUUAUCUUACGCACUUAUCUUGGAUCCUCGUGAUUGAUGAUUCAAUGGCUGCGAUCGAUCACCAAUUAUCCAAACGUGUAACCAUCGUGAAAUUGGCCCGGUCAAGUGUACCCUAUUUUCACGCUCUCUAUAAAUAUCACCUUACGUCCGCGCUUACGUUACGACACUUACGAUCGUAUUUAACCGUUUCGAGCUCACGGAGAAAUUUUUCCACCGGAAGGAGAAGAUCUCCUUUCAAUUCAAGAGAGAGAGAGAGAGACUUUAAUUCGUCCAUGGAAUUUUCACGUCCACGGAAUGAAACAAUUGCGAAAAGUUUUCAUUGUUUGGCGUACUUCAGGGUGUCCACGGAAGAAAGUAGCCUGUCAUGAACCGAUUCCUAGCACUUCUGACGUUCCAAACACUUCUCACGUUCCUCGAAAUCGCGGAUAGCUCGAAUAAUAACGGGAAAAACCUAUACCAUGGUAGGUAAGUGCAAGUCCGCGGCCUGAAUCACCCGUAGUAUCCCUAGGGCGGGAAAAGUUGGCCGGAGAUGGUUAGAUUUCAACUUUUCAGCUUUUGAAACAGCCAUCACGCACGGAUAAUUCGCCGGCUCGUUCAAAAUAUCCGCCACCGAUUUCACCAUCCGUUUUCGACCGCCGCUCCUCCCUUCUUCCCCUCCUCGUAACCUUUAUCGAAACGAGGCGGCGCGUUAACGAAACGUAUUCUCGUCGAAAUCGAACGAGAGGAAUUAAUUCUUCGAGUCAAUUACAGCUCUUCGAACGAAUCCUCCUCCCGAGAAAAUCUCAAAAUUCAUCGAAAAUCUGAAACCCAGAUUUCUCCAGCAGGCUUUCUCCACCCCUUUUUCUUCUUUCUUCCUUUUUUUUUGUUCGACGAACGUGUACUCCUCCAACUCUUCGUUUCCUUCGAGGAAGGGUUAAAAAGGUUUCCUCGUUGAUCAGAACUUUUUCUUUUUUUCUUCCCCUUUACUUGGAAUCUGAGCGCAGAGGCUCAGAGAGGCCGAUGGCGUUAGAAUAGGAUGACACUGUUCCGAGAAAUUGGCCUGUAAUCGAGAUAACAACAGCAACAAUAAUAAUGAGGAUAAUCGAGAUAGAUCAAUUUCGACGGAUCAAUUCUUUCUAAUGUCUAUAUUAAUUUAUAACGAUGGAAAUAUAUUUUCCUAUAUGGAACCGAACGUUAAAAUAUUAAAAACGAAUUUUUUUUAGCACGCCUUUUCUUUAGAUCCGAGAAGAAGAAAUUCCUUCUCCCCCUCCAUCCAUUUUUAUAUAUAUAUAUAAUGCAAUAAAAAAAAAUGGGACGUUCCCCUUAAUCAAUUUCCGUUUUGGUUUGCCGGCUUUUGCCCGGCGGUCAGAUACUCGAGAAACAUCCCCCAACCGGAAUUCUUGAUCCCGAGGCGGGUGCACGAGGACGGGACAUUCUACUCGUACGAGCUGCCCAACUUCUACGACCGGCACGAGGUGAGCCAGCGUAAGAGGAGAUCGAUCGAGGAUGGCGGGAAGCAGGGGCCCGACAACGUAGACAAACUGCACCUGGUGCUGCCGUUCAACGGGAUCGACCACCACGUCGAGCUCACGCCGUACCACGAGUUCAUCUCGCCCGAGAUGGUGAUCGAGACGAGGGGCGCUGGGCUUCGGACGGAUCUGGACAAGGCGUUGCGAUUCAAGAGGGCGCCUGAUCAGCAGUGCCACUACAGGGGAUUCGUUAGGGGCCACGACACCUCGAGGGCGGCUAUUUCUCUCUGUGACGGUGUGGUCGGUUACGUGCAAACUGAUCAUGGCCGGUAUUUCAUCGAGCCGGCGAUCGAGACGGAACCUAAGGAAGACGGACAACACGUGCAUAUCGCGUACAAGCGGGGCCCCACAAUGAAGGACGAAGUUCCCAAGAAGAAACAUUGCGGAACCAGCGACAAGUGGGAGGAGGAGUGGGCGAAGCAGUUGGCCAGGCGGGAGAAGGAGAUCAUGGAGGAGGGUGACAGGAAGAAACGGAAGGAGACGAAGGAAACAACCCCCCCGUUCGGCCACAGCGUUCAUCGUUACAUGGAGAUCGCCGUGGUCGCGGACAGAAAGUUUCUCGACUUUUACAACAGCAGCAACUUCGAGCAGUAUCUGUUGACCAUUAUGAACAUAGCUGCCGAUUACUAUCACGACAAAAGUGUGGGGAAUCAGAUAGAUCUGGUUAUAGUUCGAAUGAUAUAUUUGGAGAAGGAAAAAGAGGAGAUAGAUUUGUCCAUUAGUCCCAACGCCGAAGAUACAUUGGCCAGUUUCGCCGCCUGGGCCGACAAGUUGAACCCGGAGGACACGGAUCACCCGAAUCACUUCGACAUAGGCGUCCUCGUUACGAGAUACGACAUCUGCUCGGACAACUUGACGAACUGCGACCUGCUGGGCCUCGCUUAUCUCGCGACCGCCUGCGACAGGAAGAAGGCGGCCGCCAUUUGCGAGGACACCGGGCUGAAUCUUGGGAUCACAGUUGCCCACGAAGUUGGCCACGUGAUGGGUUGUUCUCACGACACGAUGGAGAUCAGUGGAUGCGAGCCGCAGGACAAGGACGAGAGUUACUUCAUCAUGUCGCCCUACGUCAAUCCGUUCACGCUCAGAUGGUCACCCUGUAGCAGAAGAUUCAUCACCAAUCUGAUCGAGGGAAAGUUGGGCGACUGCUUGAUCGACGACCCGAAAAAUCCACCCGACAAGUUCAAGCUUCCGGAUAUGCUGGCCGGCGCGAUGUACGGCGCCGAUUUCCAAUGCGACAUGCAAUAUCCUGGCUCCAAGAUGUGCACAUCUCACGCGACAAAAAUGUGCGAGCAGCUAUGGUGCCAAGUGAACGAAACCACUUGCAUGAGCAACGGGGCACAGAGCGCCGAUGGAACGAAAUGCGGCGAGAAAAAGUGGUGCAUACACAAGCUAUGCGUGGACAUGGGUGCCCGGCCUGCUGCCGUCCACGGAGGCUGGGGAAAAUGGGGCCCGAUGAGCAGUUGCAGCAGAACGUGCGGUGGCGGGUUGAAGUACGCAGAGCGGGAAUGCGACAAUCCGCAGCCCGCCAACAAAGGGAAAUAUUGCAUCGGGGAGAGGAAGAAAUUGACCAUUUGCAACACCAAUCCCUGCGAUCCGAAGAGACCCUCGUAUCGAAUGACGCAAUGCGCAUCGUACAACGACAAGAUGCCGUUGUCCGACAACAAACUGCACAAUUGGACGGCCCACAUGUCGAAGAAUCUCGACCCGUGCAUACUGUACUGUCUCAACGAGGAGAAUAGUUUCGUGAUACUUCAGAAAAUGGUGAACGACUCAACUCCCUGUAAAGCUGGCACGAACAACAUGUGCGUCGCUGGUUUGUGCAGGAAAGUCGGUUGCGAUUGGGUGUUCGACUCGGACGCCAUCGAAGACAAAUGUGGGGUCUGUAAAGGCGAUGGUACGAAGUGCAGACCAGUGGAAGGCGUGUACAACGAAACGAAAAUAACCAGUCAGAUAAUGAAGAUAGUCACUAUUCCUAAAGGCGCUCGAAGUAUAAGCGUGAAAGAAUUGGGCCCUCAUCCGAACUAUUUGGCAGUAAAAGUCUCCAAUACGAAUAAUUAUUGUUUAAACAAAGAUUUCGUCAUAGAGAGAGCCGGCGAUUAUGAAUGCGCGAACAGCAUUCUUAUGUACAUAAGACCUGAUAAAAAUCUGGAGGAAAUUUUCAUAAAAGGACCGAUCAGCGAGGAUCUUGAAUUUCAGUAUUUAAUGCUGCAAGGUAAAAUUUUGGGGGUUCAUUACUUGUAUUACGUGAUGACGACCGAUACCACGUACAAGCCUAAAUAUCUUUGGGAUUUCACUGAAUGGUCCGAAUGCAGCGUCAGAUGCGCAGGUGGAACCAUGAUUUCGCAGCCAACGUGCAUCGAACAAUACGGAGGAAAGGUGGUGUCAAGCUUUUGCAACGGCAUACCACGGCCAGAGCCGAAAACUCGAGUGUGCAACACGCAUGUGUGCCCCGCCAAGUGGCGCGUGAGUCAGUGGAGCAAGUGCAGCGCCUGCGACGGAAAGAAAGGAACGAGGCAUCGAAAGGUGCAGUGCGUGCGACCCGCCCCGAUCGCGGGCCAGGAUGACAUUCAGGCGAAUCUGGACGCGUGCAAAGGUCGCGUGCCCAAGCAGAAAGAGGAAUGCGUAGGCAAGAGGCCGUGCAAGAAGCUGUGCGCGAAGAAGCCCCGGGACACGGAGCUCGCCGAGAAGGAGAAAGAGACGAUGCUUCCCGCCGAAGAGCAGGGCCGAUUGAUCGACAAAGCGGUGGACCUGAGUUUGGCCCGAUAUCUCGAGAGGGCGUACGGCGUUCCACGCGAGAUAAGCGAGUUGGAGAGCGGGAUCGGGAUAGCCGACUUCCGCCAGCUGCUCCGCGAGUGGUCCCUCGCCGAGGAGGGGAAGAGGAAGCGCGCGACGUCGUGCGUGAACGACUUCCCCACGCCGAAGCCAGGCGCGAUCAUCAAGGACUCGCUACCUGUGGAGAAAGUGAUGGUGAUGCAGGCGCCCCUAAUCGUCGAGGACCUGCAGGCGAAUCUGUCGGACCUCGCUUACCAGCAGAUAGGCGACAUGAGCAUCGGAGGCGGCCUCGACACCUCCCGCAUCAAGGUGUACAACGGGACCGAGGCGUUCAAGGUGAUGGAGGAGAUGGAGGGUAUAACGCGGCCACCCGACUUUAAGCCGUGGAAGAAUUCCACCCUCAACUCGUAGAGUUCGUGAAACGCGAAUAGAAAUCGCGGGAAAUAGAGAGAAAGCGGUUUUUUGUUUUUUUAUUUUUUUGAUUUCGACGACUUCGACAGGAUGGUCGCGCAUCGGGGCUAGGAUUAGGAUUCGGGAAUCGGUGGUUCGAAUCGUGACGAGCGGAUGAUAUUUGGAAUUGGUUGGUCGAUGAUCGUUGGUCGUUCAAGCAAUUGGGUCAGAGAAUCAAAAUUAAUGGGAGAUAUUCCGUUUUAAAGAAAGGAUAUAUAAUAUAAUUUUCGAAGAUCGAUAUAUGGUAUUUAAAUAUUCGGAUUUAUAUUCGUGAAUCUAUAUUAAUUCGAGGUUUGGAACGAAACGAAGUUUGGAAAAUUGAAAUAAUAUUUUUUUUUCCUCUACCCUCUACCCUCUCCCCCCUUCCCUCCGACACUGUGAAACUUCAAGCAAUUUGAAAAACGUGGUAUCAUCGAAUUAAUUCAAGAUAAAUCCAAGUGCAUCGUCUUUGUACAGUUUAAAUAACUAACUAUUGAUAUUAUUAUAAUAAUAAUAAUGAUAAUUGGAUACUUUAUUCGAAUAACGUUUAAGAGAGCGUUUAAAAGUAUCGUAUUGUAAGAGUAUGUAUUUAGAAGUAUCGAGAAAUAUAGAUAAGCUAAUUAAAUUAUAUAUAUUAAA